CUAUAUAAAGUGCAUGCCAUGCACCCCAUCUCACAGAUCCACACAAAAUCAACUUCAAUUCUCACCCCUUCCAAUCACCCUUCUCUAAGUACAAAGCUGUCGCUUCCCAGGGUUUUACAUAGAAAACAUAUUCUUACCUACAAGUUUGCAAAUAUGUUCACUAAUCUUCGUCAUGACAUUUUUUGUCUAACUCUUUUCUUGAUCAUUCUGUCUUGCUCUGCAUUCACUCCCCAAGAUUACGCCAAUGCGCUAGAGAAAUCAAUCCUCUUCUUCGAGGGACAGCGGUCCGGGAGAUUGCCACCGACCCAACGUCUCAAGUGGAGGGCUGAUUCUGGCCUGUCCGAUGGGUCCGGUUAUCAUGUUGACCUCGUAGGAGGCUACUAUGAUGCGGGGGACAACGUUAAGUUCGGCUUGCCAAUGGCUUUCACCACCACACUUCUUGCAUGGAGCGUCAUUGAAUUUGGCAGCUCGAUGAGAAAUCAGCUCGAGAACGCUAAGGAUGCCGUGCGUUGGGGGACGGAUUAUCUACUAAAAGCAGCCACAGCCACCCCGGGCACCUUGUACAUCCAAGUGGGUGACCCGAACAACGAUCAUCGCUGUUGGGAAAGACCGGAGGACAUGGACACAGCCCGCAGCGUGUACAAAGUUUCUCCCCAAAACCCCGGAUCAGAUGUAGCAGCAGAAACGGCUGCUGCUUUGGCAGCCGGUUCCAUCGUUUUCAAGGAUUCCGAUCCUUCGUACUCACAAAAGUUGCUUAAAACCGCAAUGGAGGUGUUCGAUUUUGCAGACAGGUACAGAGGCGCAUACAGUGACUCUCUUGGUUCAGUUGUGUGUCCAUUUUACUGCUCCUACUCUGGAUACCAUGACGAGCUUUUGUGGGGGGCGUCUUGGCUUCACAGAGCUUCGGGAAACAACUCCUACAUGGCUUACAUCCAGUCGAACGGGCAGACACUCGGAGCAGACGAAGAUGAUUAUUCCUUCAGUUGGGACGAUAAACGUGCCGGAACCAAAGUGUUGCUCUCCCAGGGAUUCUUGGAGAAGAACAUUCAAGAGUUUCAGUUGUACAAAGCGCAUUCAGACAAUUACAUAUGCUCUCUAAUUCCAGGAUCUCCUAGUUUCCAGGCUCAGUAUACUCCAGGGGGGCUGUUGUACAAAGGUAGUGAAAGCAAUCUGCAGUACGUAACAACGUCAACCUUCCUUCUGCUGGCGUACGCCAAGUACCUGCGAUCACACGAAGGCGGCUUAGCUUCAUGCGGGACUUCAACCAUCACAUCGGACAAACUGGUCGCCCUGGCAAAGAAACAGGUGGACUACAUACUAGGAGACAAUCCUGCGAAGACGUCGUACAUGGUGGGAUUCGGGCAGAAGUACCCGCAGCACGUUCACCACAGGGGUUCCUCUUUGCCGUCGUUGCGCGCGCACCCUGCCCGCAUUAGCUGCGGCGACGGGUUCCAGUACCUUUACUCGGCCUCGCCUAACCCCAACGUUCUUGUCGGAGCAGUUGUAGGUGGUCCGGAUAACAGAGAUGGCUUCGCGGAUGACAGGAAUAACUAUCAGCAGUCUGAGCCUGCUACUUACAUUAAUGCUCCGUUUGUUGGCGCCCUCGCUUUCUUUGAAAACUGAAAACAUGCUUAUUUUGUGUUGCUUCCAACUGAAAUCAACUUCCCACUUUCACCCUUUUUCCCACAUCUUUUCACCUUAAUCAUACAUAUUCGAUAAAUAUAUCUAUAUAUACAUAUAUCUUUGAAUUGUUAACUUAAUCAUUCACUUAUAAUGGUUUAUUCCAAUGGAAACUAUUUGUAGCUAACACUUUAGUAUGUAAUGAUGUCAUACAAUUGUUUAGGGGCAUUAGCAAAUGCAAACAUGCUCAUGUGACACUAUUCCCUCCUUUUUCCUGGAAUAAAGUUUUCAUCGAUCCUUCUUUUGGCAUUCUCUUUCCAUAUGGAUAAUAUGUCAGAACGCAAGGCAAGAACUGAUGUAAGGAAGCGUGUGAAGGGACGAUUUGUCGAAGCUGGUGAUGCCCACGAUUAUGAUCCAUUAAGCCCACUGCUGAGUACAGUGUUUUGCCCUUCAUUUGGAGAUAUGAGGGAGCAAUACUAAGUUGGA